ACCUCCCAAAACCCUCUCUCUCCCUCUCCUUCUCUCUCUCUCUCUCUCUCUCUCUCAAAGAUGCAGAAUCUAUUCCGAUCACUUCUCCGAACAACAACAUCAUCAUCACCGUUAGCGCGAAUCGCAAACCCCUCAAAUUCCCGAAUCCUGACGCAGCCAAUCCCAAUCCAAUCAAAACCCCUUUCUUCUCCUUCCCCAUCCUUCUGCUUCUAUUCCUCCAAAUCCUCAUCCUCAGCUUCCAAAUCCAAAGCCAAAUCCAAAUCCAAAUCCAAAUCCGCCAAAGACUCUCCCGCCAAACCCCCUGGAGAGUCCUCUUCCGGCCCUGCCGCCUCCGCGUGGACACAAGAAGAUCUCGCCGUCUCCGAUUCCGAAGACAUCUCUGGUGUCCUUGACCCCUCCACCUUCCAAGCCGAUCGGUCCCUCGACGUGGGCCCCAAUGGCCGCCCCCUCUUCACCUCCACCAAAUCGCUGUCCGAUCUCGGCCGCAAAGAUGUCCCUGUUUACGUAGACUUCAGGUUGGAGGAUUUGAGUGGAAUUUUGGGAGAGGGAUUGGCGUCAGGGAUGAAGAGGGAGUUCAAGAUGACGCAGCGUUGUGCAUUAUUGGUGCGCCAGAGCUUCUUAGACCUCCGUGAUAACUUCAGGCGGGUCGUUGAUCCUCCAUUACGGGCCAAUGGUAAAGGUCCAAAAGUUCUAAAGCAGAUCGUCUUGGAUGGUCCUGUUAGUUGUGGAAAAAGUAUUACACUUGCUAUGCUGGUACAUUGGGCUCGAAGUGAAGGUUGGCUAGUGUUGUAUGUCCCACAAGCUAGGGAGUGGACGCAUGGUGGAUUCUUUUAUAAACACCCAGAGACUGGUUUUUGGGAUACUCCUGUUCAGGCUGCUAAAAUUCUCCAGGAUUUUCUUAAAUGCAAUGAAUCUCGCUUGCAACAAUUGCCUUGCCAAAACUAUGAUCCUAUUCCGUUGGGGGAGGGUGCUGGUGUCGGGUGGAUGAAAGGGGUUGAUUCCAUGGCAAUGCCUGAAGGUUCUACAUUGUUUGACCUGAUUCAAACAGGGCUUUCUUACACACAUGCUGCAGUUGGAGUAGUAGUUCGUUUGAGGCAGGAGUUAUCAUUAGUAAAAGAUGUUCCUGUCCUUAUUGCAAUUGACCAGUAUAAUAGCUGGUUUACAUUCAGUGGAUAUGAGGAACCAGUAACACCUCGUUCUUGCCGUCCAAUCCAUGCAAGGGAAAUCUCAACGGUGAAUGCAUUCCGAUCUAUGAUGCAUGAUAACAUGAUGGUGGGGGCCUUCUCUCAUUCAACAGCUGUAGGAAAGUUACGUAAAGACCUGCCAAAUGUCCCAGUAGAUGCUCGCAUCAACUUGCCUCGCUACACCUUGGAUGAGGCUGCGACUGUUUGUCACUAUUAUCUUAGGCAAGGACUUGUAAACAGGGAUAAAUUUUCGGAAGAAAGAUGGAAGAAGAUUUACUACUUAUCUAAUGGAAAUGGCUCGGAGAUGAGGUUUUUGGUCCCUUUCAUCUGAAAACUCCAGCGAGAAUGAGUCGACAGCACUACAUCAGACUUCGCGGUGCAUCUUUUCAUCACAUGCCCUUUCGCGAAAGGGGUGUGGGACAACAUUCUGCCAGCUUUCAAAGUGCCGUGCUUUAUGCCAAGCUCUUUGGAGGCGUUGUUCUUAUCUUGGCGUGUAGGGGGGUCCUCACUCCAAGGAUAUCAGGUUUUGGCAUCUGGCACUAUUAGUGGUUUUGUGUUGUACAAGAAAUGAGAGAUGCUUCAGGGAUAG